AUGAACGCAGACGGGCUGCGAGAAGCGGAGGAAGGAAGAACAGGAGGGCAAUCACCUCCGAACUCUGAUCAACCGUCUGAAAGGCCCGACAUGGAUGCUAAAAAAGGGACGCAUUUGUACAAUGUGCUUGGUAUAAAAAAGAAUGCCACUGAGGAUGAGAUUAAAAAAGCCUACCGCAAACUGGCGCUUCGUUACCACCCGGAUAAAAAUCUCGAUGGCGACCCUGAAAAAACAGAAAAAUUCAAAGAGAUCAACUAUGCGAACGCAGUGCUCUCGAAUCCGAAUAAACGAAAGGUUUACGAUGAGAUGGGUGAGACGGGACUGAAACUGAUGGAACAGUUUGGAGAGGACGAGAAGAUUUUGCAAUGGAUGCUGAAACCAUGGUUUAAGUGGACGUUCUUCGCCUUCGCACUCCUCACGUGUGGAUUCUUCUUCUGUUGUUGCGGUUGCAUGUGCUGUUGUCAAUGUUGCUGUAACUUCUGUUGCGGGAAAUACAAGCCGAAGCCGGAAGACGACUUUGGAGACGAGAAUUCCGAUGGAGACGUGGUCACAGAACAGCCAACAGCUCGAGCUGAUAUUGAAAUUCCGUCAAGCGCCGAUAGAAGUGUACCAAUUGUGAUUGCCAUGCCACCACCGCCUCCUCAAAAGUAUGGCUCCGUUGAGAGCAAUAUUUGA